AAAAGCCCAAUGGGUGAUUGGUUGAGUGAGAGAAGUCAGAAAGGAACAAGGGGCUUGGUUUCAUCUUUCAAGGCAGUGUCAGGCUUUACAGCCAUAUUCAUCUGUGACCGUAGAUUCUCAAUCCUACGGCUACAAUCGUAUUCACUCAAAUUAGCUAGAGUGUGGAUAUAAAAAUGGAGGAGAUGAGGAAGAAGGAAGAAGGAAGAAGGAAGAAGGAGGAACUGAGAAAACGAGAGAGAGAGAGAGAGAGAGAGAGAGAGAGGGAGAGAGAGAAGCCCUCCCCACGGCAAACAGCCACCACCUCCCCUUCAAAUUCAAAGACAGAGACAAACAAGAGAGAGAGAGAGAGAGAAUUUGAUAUCUGUGUAUCUUUGUUUUGAAGAAAACGUCUCAUUUUUGUCAAAGAGAUCUCAUUCUUUUCCUGUGUUUGCUUUCUCUGACAUGAAACACCACCAUUGGCACUUCGUGAAGAAUUUGCUCUAAUUUCUCAGCAAAACUUAGAUCUCGAGGCAGAUAUGGAGAAGGAAGAGAAGAAUCAGAGACCAUGUAAGCCGCCAGAAACAGAUUUGUUGUUACAGUGGGGUAAUAGGAAGAGACUCAGAUGUGUGAGGGUGAGAGACCCAGAUGUCUCAGACCCAUCAAACAGUGGUAGAAUACGCCGGAAAAUCUCAUCUCGCUUUCUCACUCUUUCCCAGAAAGAGACCUCUUUUCCUCCACCACCCAGUCGUCUCACCAGUUACAGGAAUUCUGAGACUCCGGCGGAGAAUCGAAAGUCAUCGGCGUCGCCGGAGAAAGAAGAGAGGUUUUAUACGACAAGAGGGUCAGUGGUGGGGUUGGAGGAGAAUGGGAAGGUUUCAGUGGAAGGUGGUGGAGGACAAGGAGGGGAUGAGAAUAGAGCUCUUGUUUGGCCAAAGCUGUACAUUGCUUUGUCAAGCAAAGAGAAAGAGGAGGAUUUUAUGGCCAUGAAAGGUUGUAAGCCUCCUCAGAGGCCUAAGAAAAGGGCCAAAAUCAUCCAAAGAACACUUCUUUUGGUGAGUCCAGGGGCAUGGUUAACUGACAUGUGCCAAGAGAGGUAUGAAGUGAGGGAGAAGAAGAGCUCUAAAAAGAGACCAAGGGGGUUGAAGGCCAUGGGAAGCAUGGAAAGCGAUUCAGAAUGAAGAAUAAUUCAAUUCCAAGAUGAGACUCUCUUUUAGAAAUUCAGGGUUUUACCCAAUUAAUUGAAGUUUUGAAUGGCUUGGUUGGGAAAUUGGAGCAGAGAGGAGACAUAUGGAUGAGUCUCCAUUGACCUUUGUAUGUGUACAGUAGUUUUCAAGUUUUGAAAAUGAGCAAGUAUGAUUUAUUUCAGAUAACCCUAUCUCUUGAGAUGCGCUUUUGCUCAGUCUGCAGGGCUUCUCUUUCUCUCUCUCUCUCCCUC